CUAGCUUUUCCUGCUGUGCUUGCGGAGGUGGUCUCCGCUGAGAGGGCGAGGCAUGGAGUAUCCAGCUCUCCACCUCUUUUCCACUCACUCUCCAAUCUAUUCCUCUCUUUUCAAACAAGGAAGAUGAAGACAAAACUGAACACCUGCAAUGUACGGUCUCUGCUGCUUGUUUUCCUGGUGUGGGACCCAGCCAGGUUGGUACUGGCUAACAUCCAAGAAGAUGAGGCUAAAAAUAACAUUACCAUCUUUACAAGAAUACUAGACAGACUUCUGGAUGGUUAUGAUAAUCGGCUUAGACCAGGACUGGGAGAUAGUAUUACUGAAGUCUUCACUAACAUCUACGUGACCAGUUUUGGCCCUGUCUCAGAUACAGAUAUGGAAUAUACAAUAGAUGUUUUCUUUCGACAAAAAUGGAAAGAUGAGCGUUUAAAAUUUAAAGGUCCUAUGAAUAUCCUUCGACUUAACAAUUUAAUGGCUAGCAAAAUCUGGACCCCAGAUACUUUCUUUCACAAUGGGAAAAAGUCGGUGGCUCAUAACAUGACAAUGCCAAACAAGCUGCUUCGAAUCCAGGAUGAUGGGACACUGCUCUACACCAUGAGGCUUACAGUCCAAGCUGAAUGCCCAAUGCACUUGGAGGAUUUUCCAAUGGAUGCACACUCAUGCCCACUGAAAUUUGGAAGCUAUGCAUACACAACCUCAGAAGUCACAUAUAUUUGGACUUAUAAUGCUUCUGACUCCGUUCAGGUUGCUCCUGAUGGGUCUAGGUUAAAUCAGUAUGACUUGCUGGGUCAGUCAAUUGGGAAGGAGACAAUUAAAUCCAGCACAGGUGAAUACACUGUAAUGACAGCUCAUUUCCACUUGAAAAGGAAAAUUGGGUAUUUUGUGAUUCAGACCUAUCUGCCUUGCAUCAUGACUGUCAUUCUCUCCCAAGUGUCAUUCUGGCUUAACAGAGAAUCUGUGCCUGCAAGGACUGUGUUUGGAGUGACAACUGUUCUAACAAUGACAACACUAAGCAUCAGCGCUCGAAAUUCUCUUCCCAAAGUGGCUUAUGCCACUGCCAUGGACUGGUUUAUCGCUGUUUGUUAUGCUUUUGUGUUUUCUGCCCUAAUUGAAUUUGCAACUGUUAAUUACUUCACCAAAAGAGGAUGGGCUUGGGAUGGGAAGAGUGUAGUAAAUGACAAGUCCCCUUCAAUAAAAUCUGAAGUCAUUACAUUAACACACAACUCAGUGAAGGCAAUUCUUCAAGGAGCUAAACUAAUAUGGUCCAACUAUCUAGCUUUCUCAUGGUCCAGUUUAAGCCAAGCAAAGCCUUUAGAGUACUUAGAGAAGCGGAUGGACUGUUUAACCUUCUCACACUCUUCUAAAAAAGAGAAAGGUUCCGUCAUGAUACAGAACAAUGCCUAUGCGGUGGCCGUUGCCAACUAUGCCCCAAAUCUUUCCAAAGAUCCUGUUCUCUCCACCAUCUCUAAAAGUGCAACGACACCAGAACCCAACAAGAAGCCAGAAAACAAGCCGGCUGAAGCCAAGAAAACCUUCAACAGCGUCAGCAAAAUUGACAGAAUGUCUAGGAUAGUUUUCCCAGUUCUGUUUGGUACAUUUAAUUUAGUUUAUUGGGCUACCUACUUAAACAGGGAGCCUGUAUUAGGGGUCAGUCCAUGAGUCUAGACAUUGGUUAUUUUUGGCUAUAGCAACAUUACACUUGAUUUAUUUUGCUAUGUACAGUCUGACUAAUAACUGCUAAUUUAUGUCCCAAUAUGUACAGUAUGUAUAUAGUGGUAGAGCUUAUCAGUAGACCUCUAAAGGGGACUUGCAUUUGCUAACUCAUGGAAAUACAGGCAGAAAGCAUCCUGUGCCAAAAGAACUAUUGCCUUCUAAAAGCGAUUUACCUUAGGAUCUAGUUUAAAGGGAAGUUCAGAUUAUGCAAUUUAUUUUCUAAUAUUAUGAUUAUGAUAAAAGUUGAGAUCCAGUGUCACCCUUUGUGAAACCUUUGAAUUAGAUAUUACAUAGAAAAAAAUCAAAUGUUACCUAAGGAUGAUCAGAGAUUAACAUUGUCACCCAAAUAUGAGUUCUGACUAUUUGAACAUCUCACCUCUGAUCUGUUCCCGUCAGGAGUAUUCAGAACCCCUGCUAGAGUAAUGGGAAGCUUGACACACAUAAGAAGAAAGAUAGAGAUGUGAAAACAGCUUUUUAUUACUAUGUAGAAUAUCUAUAGCCAUGUGCAUAUUACAUGCAUGAAAAAUUCACGUAACUAUGAGUCACAAUGACAGGCUGUUGAUUUUGCUGAAAUUUAAUAAUUAUUGGAGUGUCACAGCCAUUACCUUUUUAUCUUCAGAGUUUAUUUGAACAUAGUAACUGAAACCUAAAGGUCACUACUAUCAUUGGAAACUACCUAACGUUAUAAAAAGAAGAAAUAUGGACGAGUCUGUCCAGGUAUCUGUUGUCUGCUGAAUUUUCCUGGUGCUGGAGAGUGGGAGAAAGUAGCUAUCUUGGCUGCAAUGGAUCAAAGUUCAUUCAUCCCAGAAUAGAAAGUUGUGCCAAAAAAUCCAAGCGAUGAGAAUUCCUAGGUGUCCCAGGCCCAGAUGCGGACUUCUAUGAUUCUCUGCUUUCCUGUUUACUGCAAAUUCUGCCUUAAGGCUUCUUCUCAUUGGGACUCAGAAGCCACUAAUCACAAAGGAAAGGGCAGUUCGUUGGCACAUUUUUCUGUCUGGAAAGAAGCUCUUUCAGAUAAGAAUUAAUAUAAAUCAGGUUUUGUAAAUUGCAACUUUAAAUUUCAUUGACUCGAAUUUACAGCAGCUUUGUAUACCAGAAGAGGUUUUGGUAAGAGUUGAACAUUUUUAAAUCACAAUUUUAAAACAUCAUCAACAGAUUAUGGAUUAUGUCACAACACACACACACACACACACACACACACACACACACACACACAAACACCAUGUAGCUAAAUUAGAAAACAAAGACAUGAUUUUUCAAUUUUAUAUAACUACUGAUUGUUAAUGGGUAAAAUUCAUUUUUUUCUUUUAGUAUUUAAAGAUAUUAUUUAUGCCCCUGGAAUAUGCUAAAUUUAAGUGUGUUUCUGUCAAAACCAAAUUAUCUUUGACUGAUAUGUACAUUAGCAGUUAUUAGUUGACUUUUAAAACUAAGUGCAACUUCAUGAUGAUGUUUUUGUAGAAACCUAAGUAGUCAAAUAGUGGCAUUUCUUGCAAUUUUGUACAGUAUUUGAGUAUAGUGCAAAACAGGUCUGUUCACAAAAUCAAUAAAAGGGGCAUCUUCUGGAAAUAAGCAAACUCAAAAAAAAUCUGCUGUUCUUUUGCUUCAUUCAAAUUUUUAAUAUUCUUUUCUAGUGCAAUUAUAUUACGUGGUUUGCAUGACUGUAUAAAUACCAGGACCACAGCUGCAUCUUAGUAACAAAACUCGCUACAAAGACAGCCUUGACGUUAAAAACGUCGUCACGCAAAGUAAUUCUUUAACCUUAAUAAAAUUAUUACAUGAGCCAAUAAAUGUAUUUUGUUAAUUCCCUUCCAGUUACAUCUUCUCCAUCAUCUAAAUAAUUUUAAAGUGUGAAUAUCAUCCAUCCAAUGAAAUAAAAGAUACUCUCUUUUCUUAAGUACUUAUAUGCUGAAACAUCUCUUGUGGAAAACAUAAGGAUUGUUGUAGCUGUGUGUGACAGAAUGUGGUAUUUGAAGAAAAGUUACAAGAUUCUUUUUGUAGUGUGUGUUACCAGCGCUUUAAGAACAGUUUCAGGUGGCUGUGGAGAGUUUGGAGGUUUAAGAGUAAAUACUUCUCUUGCAGAGGACUUGAUUUCAGUUCCCAGCACCCACAUAGUGGCUCACAAGUACCUGUGACUCUAGCUCCAGGACAUCUGAUAUUCUGUGCAAGACGCCAUGGGCACCCUCAGAUAUCUGUGCACAUACCCCACCCCACAUAAUUAAAAAAUGAAAAUGAAGAGUUGAAACUCCUGCCAUGCCCCUUUACUCUCCGAUUAUAAGUUAUAUAUUGUUAUAAAUAUGUACAUAUGUAAAAAUAGACCUAAAUAAUUUUCCACGGCUAAUCAGAAAAGAUCCUUCUGCUGUGAUUAUGUUGGUGGCAGAACUUUGCUAUUUUUUUUCUUGCAGAUGGAAUAGAAAACUUAUCAUUACUGGUAUCAUUUGAAAUAACAGAAUUAGAUUUUUUUAUUUCAGUCAUGAAAAGUCUAAUCAAAUGUUAAUAAAAUUAGUCACUGUAAGCGCACCUUUCACAAGAUAUUUAACAUAUAUUAAUAUUUGUUCAUUUGACUCAUCAAAUGGGAGGUUAAUUAUGCAGUAAUGUUGUAUAAAGACAUAGACAGUCGUGGUGUGUGCAGAACGUAUUUUUAUAGAGAGCCAUAAGCACAUUAUAUAACAAUUUCUCCAGAUGUCUCUUAUUUUUGCUUUUCCAUUUGUAACACUCCCUAAGUCUAGUAUAAACAUCACUUAUAUUUA